AUGGGUGAUUACUCCAACCACCACUUCCUUUUCUCUUCUCUCUCUGCAACCACACACUCCCAUUCUCACUUCACUUUCUCUGUUUCCAUUAAUCCUUCAUGGUUUCAUUUUGCAGCAAAAGCAAUCGUUUUGAGCAACAACUGUUUCGGACACAAACAACACUGGGUCACGCGUUCAUCCCCCACCACGCAAAAAUUCACCCACGGGAAGAAUAUGGACCUCAAGGUGAAGGCAGUAACUAACUUGAAUUCAAAUGCAAAGAGGGCAAAUUUGUCUGCAGCGAAAAAGGAGAGAAUUAGGCUGCCAACAUAUAAUGAUGAUCUUGGAGAGAAAAAAUAUCAUAUCAGUGAAUUUCUGAACCACCCUAGCGGAAUUGCAGCCGUUUUAAACACAAAGGCCUUAGAAUCAUUUCAUUCUCUUGAUGCUAACACAUACAGAUGUGAACUGCCUAAACUUCAAUUUUUAAACUUUGAAGCUGCCCCAGUGCUGGAUUUGCGAGUUACCUCAACGGAUGAAGAUUGCUUGGUUGAGCUGCUUUCUUGUAAGUUUGAGGGUUCAGACGUUGUGAAAGAGCAAAACAGCCACUUUUCAGCAUUCAUGGUAAACCACAUGAUCUGGGGUGGUGCUGGUGCAACAUCAUAUUUAGAAGUUGAUGUUAAGUUGAAUCUCACACUUGAGAUCUACACACAACCAUUUACCAUGAUGCCUACUUCUGUUGUUGAGGGUCCUGGAAAUAUGUGA